AUGACCUGCAGAACUCGGUUGUGGUCCAAACUGCCUUAUCCACCUGGGCCCAAAGGACUCCCCUUCAUUGGGAACGCUCUUGAUAUCGACCGAAAGAGACCCCAUCUUACAUAUGCUCAGUGGGGCAAGACUUAUGGUGACAUCGUUUACACUCGCUCCCUUGGGCAAGAUAUCGUCGUCGUGAACUCAGAAAAGACAGCACGAAUUUUAGCCGACGGGCGCUCUGCAAUCUAUGCCGAUCGUUUCCGUUCGUCUAUCUUCAGAAUCUAUGGUACCGAUCGCAUGACGCCUGUUUUGGAGUACGGGAAUGAGUGGAAGACGCAUAGAAGGUUGUUUCAUCUCAGUCUCCGGAAUGAUGUUGUCGACAAAUAUAACGACUUGCACCUCACUAAUGCGAACCAGCUCUUGGAAAACAUAUUGCGUGAUAGUGCAAAUUUGUUUGAGCAUUUUGAUCUGUUUGCUGGUGCCGCUGCGGUCGAGCUGAUAUAUGGACGGCGAGUAGAGGGGAAAGAUGAUCCCGUCUUCGCAAUGGCCAGUGGCCUAGCUGAAGUCUUGUGCAGGGAAUUGACUCCGGACAGGGUUGUUCUGCUGAAGAUACUCAAGGUUGACGGGUCAGUCCGAUAUCUUCCGUCGUGGUUUCCUGGUGCUGGUUUCAAGCGUAACGCAGCCAAAUGUAGAGGUAUGGCUGCGGAGAUGGCAGAACUCCCGUUCGCCAUGGCAAAGGAUGAAAUGACCGGCACUAUAUUGAAAACCGUGGCGUUAGUUAUGAUUCUUUACCCGGAUGUUCAAGACAAGGUUCACGAAGAGCUAGACGCCGUCGUCGGCAGAGGAACUUUACCGACUUUCGCAGAUAGGCCACGGUUGCCUUAUCUACAGGCUGUUUUGUAUGAGGUCAUGAGGUGGAGUCCACCCAGCCCGCUAGGCCUCCCACAUGUCACAACUGCAAGUGACACCUAUGAAGGGUAUUAUAUUCCGAAAGAGCCAGGUGACAGGGCAAUGGCAAUGAAAGACCAGGGCUACGGUGACCCGGAACGUUUUGACCCAACUCGACACUUGACGUCUGAUGGACAACUUAGUCCUCAAGCCAGACAGAACAAUUCAAUGUUCUUCGGAUUCGGAAAGAGAGUUUGUCCUGGUCGUUUUUUUGCCGAACAUUCCCACUGGGCAGCAGCGGCUGUGAUGCUAUCCGCUCUGAAAUUUGGUAAAGCCAAGGAUUCGUCCGGGAAGUAUAUCGAUGUGGAACCCGUUUUUUCGGAUGGUUUGACUAGAUGUCCAGCUCCGUUCCCGUGUUCUAUUACUAGAAGGCUCGUGGAGUAG